UUCUAAAAUAUUUCUGCCCACAAAAAUUGCACACUUUCAAAAGUUUUGCAAAAUUGCACAAUGACUCCUUCGAUCUACAUCCUCUUGACCUGUAUAACCACCCUGACCUCCGCCACCCUUCCACCAGCACCUCUCCCACUACCCUCACCACCACCACCCCCCACCUGUCCCCUCUCCAACCCCAUCGACCCAGCCACCAUUGUCCUCUCGGGACACGGUCAGCCCACCUCCCUCCGAAUCAGGACGCCCUACACGGUUACCAACCUCGCCACGAAUCUGCCCUUUCUUUCCUCCAUCUCGUCACACCUUAACCUCCUCUCACCCUCCGCCUAUUGGGAACUUGUCCCCUCCAGCAAGUCCGCCACGAGCAAUGUCUACAAACUCGUCAACUUUGACCCCCCGUGAACACGGCCAUGACACGGGUUCACCGCUUCGUUAAACUGCACCCUCUCCCCGGCACGCCCGACGUGUUCACCCUACGCCCAGAAAUUUGUCGCGGUCGAAAUUCCACCGGGGACGGGUACAUCUACGUCGAACAGAUCGGUCCGGGUGGUCUGGAUUGUCACGCUUUUACCGGAAUCCUCGAGGAGAAACACAAGUUCAAAUUCGCCUCUUUUUUAGACGCCUUAUCCUCACGGGGGUUGCACAUUGGGGAAAAAAUCGUGGGGAUUGUGGACAUCCCGAGGGACCUCAGGGACCAUUUCGCGACCUCUUUGUCCCCUCCCGACGCCGUGAAGGUGAGGACGACGCAGAUUAAGAAUUGUGGGAGUGGGUGGGUCGAACAGGAAAUUGAGGUCAAGUCGGAGACCAGUAUCACGUCCAGGUUGGAGGUGCAGGAUACCUUCGUUGUGGGGGAGGAGGUCGGGGAGAGGACGUUUUUCGGGGGGAAGGUUGGGGUCAAGGUGCUCGGGUUGUUUAAAGCGGAGACGGAAAUAACCAAAUCCUGGCAGCAAGAUACCUUCUCCCAGAGGGAAUCCCACUCUGAAAAAGUUUUCAUGCAAGACGAAACCUCUUCCAUUAAGCACACCACGACCAUCCAGGUUGGCAACCAUUCCUGCGUCAACAUCUCGGCGACAUCCGCCAUUUUCAAGAACAACCCGUGGCACGUCAACCUCGCUGUGGAGCUCGUUCUCGGUCAGGAAAUAAAGGUCCUGCGGAACGCCGCCAAAAAUAAUGAGACCUUCAUCGGUGUGGAUGAGGAGGAUGACGCCUUGGUCGUCACAGUGAUCCAGAGUGACGCCACGAUUUUCUCUCAGGCCACCAACGCCACCGUUUUUCUCGACUUGAUGAAAUUCUCCGGAUUUAAUUACACUUUUGACGAGAAGACGAGGACGCUCCGCUAUUUGAAACCGGCCAAGUUACAGGUGACCAGUUUGGUCUCGACGAACACGGCGAUUCAACAGGUGAAGGAGUGCAAGUGUGGAAUUUAAGGUUUGGACAGGAAAUAAGAAAUGUUAGAUUUUUAUUAUAUGUAAGGAUUAAUUGGUACUCUACUAAUUUGCAUAAUUUGGUAAUAAAUACAUGUGGCUACCACGUGCUAAAUAAGUACAUAAUUUACAUACCGCUGGUUA